AAUUUUACUUUGAAAGUUUUGAGUUUCCAUCGUCACGCUUCAUUCACUUCCGGGUCACGCAACAGGAACGCAGCAAGUUGUCAACGUAAACAGUGGGCUCCCUCAAGUAAUGCUGAGAUUUACAAGAUCAUUGUAAGAUGUCCAGUAAAGAAGUGAAAACAGCACUGAAAAGUGCCAGGGAGGCCAUAAAAAACAAAGAGUUCAAGGAAGCUCUCAAACACUGCAAGGCAGUUUUGAAACUUGAGAAGAACAAUUACAAUGCAUGGGUGUUCAUUGGCUUGGCUGCAAGUGAACUGGAGCAGCCGGAUCAGUCACAGACUGCUUAUAAAAAGGCUGUGGAGCUGGAGCCUGAACAGCUACUGGCAUGGCAGGGCUUGGCGAAUCUGUAUGAGAAGACUGACCAGUGGGAUUUCAAAAUUGAGCUCCCUAACAUCUAUCAAAAGCUUGUUGAGCUCUAUGCAAGCUCUGACAAAACGAAAUGUUACGAGGUGAUCAAGAAGCUAUCGGACAUCUAUCAGUCGGACAAAGAGUAUUUGAAGUUGGCAAAUGUUUGGCUACAGCUCAUGCAGCUGAAGGAGACGGAGGAGAGUGUGGACAAGAAAGAGUUACUACAGCUAUGGCAGCAGAUGACCCAGCUCCUCUCAGACUGCCUCAAGGAAGGAGAGCAGGAUAAUGAAACUCAACAGCACUUAAUCACAGCAUUUGAGAAGGCCAUGGUUCUUAUGGAUCCUGUACCCGGAGAGGAACACAAGAAAGUCUCAUCUGAUUAUCUCAAAUGUCUCUCUAACCUUCCACAAGAUGAAACCAAAAUAAAAGAAGCGUGUGAGUCCAUGCUGUCCCUUUACCCCCGGGAAAGUUAUCCAUUGGAGGUGCUUUGUUCUCAUUACCUCAGUAAAGGUGAACUAAGUGAGGAUGCAGUCAGCUGUUUCUCUCGGCUCCUGGAUCUAGAUCCUAACAGUGGAUUAGGUCACAUGGGUCUGGGCACCAAAGCACUGCAAGAGGGGAGGUAUAAGGAUGCUAUUAAGGACCUUGCUCAAGGAUUGAAGAAAAAGAGCUCCAGUACAGGAUGGUACAGUCUGGCUGAGGCUCAGUUGAAAACACACAGAUACUUAGACUGUGCUUUGUCAUGCUCCAAAGGUCUGACAGUGUGUGAUUCUGAAAACAAGGAGCUGAGAGUCAAAUUGCUCAGGCUGAAACUAGAGGCUUUAGUCUGGAGUGGAGGAGAGGAUGCUGCAGAUCAGGCUUUGGAAACAUUUUCCCAGAUCCCAGAUGCUGGAAAAGACCCGGCUCUUGUGGUCCUGAAAGGACGUUCUUACCUCAAUAAGGGAGAAGUUGAUCAAGCGCUGAAGGACUCUUCAGAGCUGCUGGCAUCUAACCCUGAUCGCCAGGGUCUCAUACUUAGAGGACUUGCACUGUUGGCUAAGGGCGAGCAGCAGCAGGCAGAAGAGAGUUUCUUGAAGGCAGUCAGUCAGAGCCCAGACUGCGGAGAGUAUUUUUUCUUGCUGGGUAAACUCUACUGGGACAUGGGAGAAGAAACUCGUAAAGGGACUAAAGCUCAUACACAUUUUCUGAAGGCUGCAAAGUUAGACCCAAAUCUUGGUUGUGUGUUCCGCUAUCUUGGACAUUACUAUCGAGAGGUGGCAAGAGACCCUGGCCGGGCACGAGGCUGUUAUAAGAAGGCUUUUGAGUUGGACAACAAUGAUGCUGAGGCUGGAGCUGCCUCAGUGGACCUCUGUAUGGAGCAAAACGAUAUGGACACUGCUUUGGCAACCCUUCAGUCUGUGAUUGAAAAAGCCACUCCAGGCUCAGCUAAAUGGGCUUGGAUGAGACGUGGGCUUUACCACCUGAAGGUUGGGGAGCAUCAACAAGCUACAGCAGAUCUGCAGGCAGCUCUGAGAGCAGACCCUGAGGACUGGGUUUGUUGGGAGUGUUUAGGUGAAGCCUACUUAAACCGCAGGAGCUUCACAGCAGCUCUGAAGGCCUUUGGUAAAGCCCAUCAGCUUCAACCCUCCUCCAUCUACAGCGUCUACCAGGCUGCUGCUAUCAAACAGACCCUGAGCAAGUUCAAGGAGGCUGUCGCAGAGUAUCUGCAGAUCACAGCAGAGCAGGACUAUGUACCUGCUCUUAAAGGUCUUGGGGAGUGCCAGCUGUCUCUGGCAAAAAGUUUAAUGGAAGACUGCAGAGAUGGGGGUGCCAUUGACCUCAUUCAACAAGCCAUACAUAAUCUCUUCAAAGCUGUGAUGCUGCGUCCUGACCUGUCCUGUUUGUGGAAGUUGCUGGGAGAUGCUUGCACUGCAGUCCGCACCGUGUCAUCUAACAGAGCCCAGGUUCAAGUGCCUGCCCAGCUGGCAGGUUUAGACUCCAACACCCAGAGCCACACACUGAACCAGGCCCAGAUACUCAAAGUCGGCGAGAGGUGUUAUGCCCGAGCUUUGAAGCUGAUGCCUAACGCCCCAAGCCUUUGGUACGACCUUGGACUCAACUACUAUCACCAGACCAGCCUUACCUGUACCACACAGGACAACGAGAUCUCCCAAUCUCUGCUCUUAGAGAAGGCCCAGCAGUGUUUAAAGAAGGCCAUCAUGAUGGACAGCGAAAACUAUUCCUACUGGAAUGCUUUAGGAGUGAUCUCCAUGAACAAAGGUGUUGAGAACUUUGCCCUGGCUCAACAUUGCUUCAUCAAGUCAACACAAGUUGAAUCAAAUAAUGUUGUUGCUUGGACCAACCUCGGGACCCUGUAUUUGAAGAAAGACAAUAUAGAGCUUGCACAUGAGGCCUUUAAGAUUGCCCAGUCCCUGGAGCCGCUUUAUGUCAACUGCUGGAUAGGACAGGCACUGAUAGCAGAGAGAGUGGGAAGUUACGACACCAUGGAUCUUUUCAGGCACACCACAGAACUCAGUACACAUAUGGAGGGAGUAAAAGGUUAUGCUUACUGGGUGUGUUCCACACUGCUGGAUAAGAGCAACAGAGACUCUGAACUCUACCGCUACAACAUUGUCCAGAUGAAUGCCAUCUCUGCUGCUCAGGUGGCACUCAGCAAGUACACAGAGAGAAUUCAGUCUGACCCUGAUGCUUUCAUCAUGCUCGGCUACCUGAAUGAACAUCUGAAGCUGAAGAGGCAGUCCUUACAGGCGUAUCAAAGAGCUGUGGAGCUACUUCAGUCCAUGUCCUCGACAGAAGAGCUGGCUUUUGCUCUGGGCAGCUAUGGUCGUGCUUUGUGUACAUCAGGCCAGUGGGGGGAGGCAGUGCAAGUUUAUAGUUCCACUCCCCUGCAGGAGCUCAGUGAUCUUGCUGGUCUGGCCCUGGCCCAUUGCAAGGCAGGACUUCUCUCAGAGAGCACCAAUGCCUAUGAACGUGCCUUGGCUGUGGCUUCCAGUGAAAAGGAGAAGGCUUACAUCCUGACCGCUCUGGCUCUCCUUCAGCACCGGCAGGGUAACGUGGACUCAGCCAAGACUCUGCUGUUUAAAUGUUCAAUGUUAAAGGAGCCAAUCUCAGAGUCUCUGCUGUGUUUAUGUGCCCUGGGACUGGUCCACAGUGACAGUACACUAGCUACUGCUGCCCUGUCUGAGCUGCUGAAACAAGGUUCAGUUGCCAGUAAUGUUACUGAGCAGCGAUGUCUACUCACCUGUGCUCUACUGGCCCUGCAGGGCAACCACAGUGCGGUACAAAGAGAGGCUUCCAGAGCUGUGCACAGCAAUCCUGGAAACCCAUCGCUGUGGGCCCUGCUGUCUAGACUGGUGCCACAAUACCACCCCAGAAAGGCAAAUGGAGGAGCGAUGGCUGGUGAGGUAGCCUGUCUCUCCAGUAUGACUCAAGGAAAGAGGGCGUUGUUAUACAGUGGAGUGAACCAGCUAGCUAAUGGAAGACACUCUGGAGAAGAUAGUCACAGGAAUGUGCUGAAGACUAUGCAGAGAGCUGUGCUGCUCUGUCCUGAUGAUCCAGCCACAUGGGCGGGAUUAAUGGCUGCCUGUCACACCGAGAACACUUCCUGUUAUCUCUCUGGUUCUGCUCCUCGCAAACAAGGACUGGAACAAACCCUGAUGUCAGUGGUGUCUGAGAAAGUACAUUCUGUGGAGGAGAUAGAGCGCCCUCUAGCCCAGACCCUUGAAGCCUGGGUACUACAACAGGCAGUGACAGGUCUCAUGCUGGGUGGACAGCUGGAGCAGGCAGAAGCCCUCUGCUCUCAGGUACUGACAGUGUCUCCAGAACACCCAGCAGUAAUGCUGUCACUAAGACAGGUGCAGUGUCAGCGGCUCCUUGUUGCCAAUGCCGGAACUGUCCUCCCAGACUCUGUGCUGGAGCAGCUUAACAGCACUGUGAUGGCGAACCCCACCAACGUUGGGGCAUGGCAUUGGCUGGCUGAAGUGUAUCGAAGCCAAGGCCUGCAGGUCCAGGCAGUCAUGGCAUACAGACAGAGUCUGCAGCUCUCCUCACAGCUGGGCCUGCAUAGUAGCCAGGUGGCCAGCCUGCUCCGGCUGGCCCUGUUGGCCCUUGGACCCUGUAUAGCAGGGAUCCCAGGAAACGACUGGAUUAACCUGAUACUUGAAGCCACCACUGAGGUCUUGAAAUUGGGUUCAUCACCUAUGGCCCUCCUUUUCCAGGCUCUGCUCCAAUUUGUGACCAAGAUGGCUGCUAGGGAAACCAGGCGUUUGUUGGAGAGGCUUGUGUAUGUCACCUCUCAAGACUUCCCUGUGACAGUGAUGCAGGUGGCCAGCUGGUACCUACUCAGACACUUGCACGCCAAAAGCGACCAGGAGCUUAUGAAUGUUCUUUUGCAACAUGCCAAAGUAAAUGGAGAUCGAAGGCUGCUGGAGUUCCAUUCACUCCUUGACUCAACUUCAUCCUGAAUCAUUGCAAGUCUACAACCACAUAUAAAUGAAAUCGUGCACGCAAGUGGUCUUAUCCUUAUCACAAUUUAAGCUUUGCCCCACAUUUAAAAUUGAAUAAUAAAAAACUGAAGAUUGUGGCUUAUAAAUGACAUUUAUUGGCAUAACAUGAUUAUUUGGUUUUACAUUGUGCAGUGUUCAUGAAAUUAAAUCAAUACAGAAAAUCAAAACCAUGUCCUUUGGCACAUUCAUGUGAUUUACAUAAAGGAACCAAUGUCCACUUUCAGGUCAAAUAAAGGCUUUUUGCUCAACAUAA